CAGCCUAUCUCUCCCUUUCAAAGCUGGUCACAACUGUCUCUUGAGCAACACUGGAGUCUGUACACAUGUGGGUCAUGUACAGUCUGUGUUGGUGCAUGUGCUGUAGCUCUGGUGAGGUGUUUGUGGAAGGGUAGAUGGUGCUACCAGAGGAGGAGACUGCUGGGAAAUCGUGUUCUGAAGAGGUGGGAGUGUUGCAAGCAAACUUGAGCUGGUUCCAGAACAGCUGGAGCGAGAACAGAGGGAGGGAAGAGAAGAAAAGUGAGAAGAUUUACUUUAGACUGACUCAAAAGAGUGGAUUUACACGAGAUCAGAAAACUGGACGACUGGUUAUAAGUGAUUUUCGGACUUCAUAAAUAUGUAACUGACUUUCAGAUGGUGGCCAGGAUGAAGAUGGGCGGCAUACGCCAACAGAGAGAAUGAGGUCCCAUAACGGUCACAUGACUCUAUGAAUGGGCCAUGGAGGGCGUGGAUGUGGCUGAGGAGGGUAAGGACGUGACCACUGCCUCGCAGCAUAAUGACUCCCAGCUGGCGGACUUACCGGAGCCCCAGGAGCUUGAAGAACUUGAAGACAAGGGUCUGCGCAGCUCCAGUUUGGAGUUUGGGUUAUCCAUAUCCUCCUCUGGAUUCCCUCCCACUCUGCCAUGCCCACCAUGCUCCCAGGGUUCUGCUGUAUCAGCCCUGCAAUCCAAGGUGAAGGCCCUGGCUGAGUGCAAGACUGUCUGGAAGCCGCCCUCCAAGAAGAGCCAUGAAAAGAAGGUGAUCCCUGGCUCUUACAUGUUGGGAAGUCCUCUCACAUGGGGUUCCAGCAGCAGUGAUGAAGAUACUGAGCCUCAAACCCAGACUCUUACCUUCUGUGGUGUUGAGGGAGACCCUCAAGUCUUACUUCCCAAUGAAGGUGACUUCAACCCUGCCAUGCUGGACUUUCCACGGGGACUUGGAGAAGGAGCAAGCUUCGAGAACAUCGCCCAGGAUAAUAAUGAUGAAGAAGAUGAUGAUGAUGAUAAUGAUGAUGAUGAUGCAUGCAAGGCCAGACAAGACAUGUCCUCCUCCUCUUCCUCAACCUGCUACAGCAAUCGCUGGGCUCCACCAAAGGGCUUCUGGAGGGUCACCCGACCAGAGACACUGCUGCUAAAUGGACAAACUGAUCCAGGGCGUUCAAAUGGGCUUGUGAAAACAGAUAUUGGUGUACAAGAACAGGUGGAAAGAUACAAUACAAACACAAAUCUGGAAAGUCCUCUGCACACCUGUGGGCACAGCAGGAGAGCUCCAGCAGAGCCUCAAGGGAGUGGACUCUGGCGAGCUGAAAGUCUAGAGAGCGUGUGCAGCAGUGGAAGCUCCCUCUCCCUGGCUGAGAGAGUGGAAAUGAACCGGAGCAUCCUCAGACAGAUGCUGCAGAAGGCUCAGAUUAAACACAAUGAGGGACAGCAGGUCUCAAUUACAGAACAGAGAAUGGAGGAUGCACAUAGUAGAGGCGCACUGAAUGACAGUGACUGGGACUCUGGGAUAUCUCUCCAUGGAGGUGAACACACUCAGCACACUCAGAGGGCCAUUGUUUGGGGCGACGUGUUGCCGCUGAGUCCUCGCCAUGAGCAGGCCAAACGACUGCUGGAGCGAGCGCGCAUGAAGGCCCGCUCCAACCCACUCAAAGCCGACCACACCAUCCUACCCGUCCAGAGGGACAACCCGGAUCUGCUGUCCUGGGCCUCCCUGCAGCGGGCUCCUCUAGCGGGGAAGGAGGGGGUGGCGGCAGGUUCGGGAAACAUUAGCGACUCGUCCAGCAGUGACUCAGCCGGAGGACCCCGCCGCAGACUUGGUCAGUCACCUACACGAGUACGCUUUGAGGACGAAUCAGAGAAAGAGGCGGAGUUCCGUUACCUGGAGCGCCUGCGACAGCGCCGACGAGCUGGAGAGAGGGCGCAGGGCCUGCUGGGGUCCAAACCCAGCCUGGCCUCGUAUGUGAAUGGGCGAGGUUUGGACACAGCCCAGAGCAGAGAGGACUCACCACUUUGGAAAUACAAAAACACAAAAAAGGGUCAGGAGAGCAAUGCUAAUGGUCACUACAAGCCCCUAGUCCUCGAGGUUGGGGGCCACCAAUGCAAUUCCUGUGGAACGAUACUGGAUGGACAGAAAGCAGGUCAGAAGAUACUAGACGGAGCUGUUCCAGACUGUUCUCUCCCUUUAUCCAUAGCACCUGCUAAUGGAGUGUCUGAGGGAAAGGUGGUCCCGUGCUGGGUGGCCCCCACUUUGCCCAACAGGCUAGUCCGAAUAGAGCCGAUUAAAGAGACGUAUAUAGGAGCGGUGGGUUCUGCUAUUGUGGACAGUGAUGGCACCCACUGUAGAGAGACAGUCACUGUGGACAGUGCUAAUAGUAGAGGGACUCUUCAGCAGAAGCAGAAAAGAAAGAGCAGGAGAAGAGAUGAGGGAAGCCCAGAGACAACAGCCAAUGGACUUGGAUCACCAGAGUCUCCACCCACUCUUAGGCCCACAGUCAACGGGGCAGAAAUGCACCUGUCUACCGGCACUUUAGCGAUCCCUCCCAACCCCUACGCCCCAGAGCAACUGUGUCAGAAGGUACUGGUUAACUUGUGCAAGUCCCAGCCUAACUUCAAAGCCCCUGUGCCACCUCCAGUGCCUCCCAGAGGAGAACCUCCAAGCCCCCGGCUCCCUCAGCCUGUUCCCCCGCCCCUUCAGCCCAGAAAGUCAGCUCUGAAGUCUGCCACGAAGGACCGUCCCAACGGUCAGCGAGUGGUCAAGCUCAUGCCUUCUCCACAUUACCGCCUUGUGCACCUCGACUCAGAAGAAGGUGGGGUGAAUGUGGAGGACAGUCCUGAGGUCAGCCCUGCUCUGGGUAACCCCUCCAAAAACUCCACAGCCAUGCAUCCAGGUCAGACAGGAUAUCAUCCAGCAGGUUUGGAUCAGGACCAAAUCACAGGUGAGGUCACUACCAGUCCUGCUGAUCACUUUCACGGACAUCUGAACGGAGGACAGAAUCAAGGACCUGUCAGACCUGAACAUCAUCGGGAGGACAGCCCCAGUCCCUCACACGCAGCGUCUGUGGUGGAUCAGAAGGAGACGAGGCCUAAGCUGUCCCUGCGCCGCUUCUUCUCAGCCAUUGGUCUGAACAGCGGAGGGCGGAUGGGGAAGGAGCGCUCCAGCAGCAUGGAGCAGCUCAGCCUGCCCCCCAAACCCAGCGCAUCCCCCUCCAUGUCCCCCAGCACUGUACGUGCAGAGUCCGGCCGGCUGAGGAAAGCUCCAUCUCUGCAGUCCCUACGCCUGGGGUCUCCCCUGGUCAAGCUGAAGAAAUCCUCAUCAGUGCAGAAUCUCCAGAGUCCCAGGAGAAAGGGGGACCGCUCCACUGCAUACACACCGGGGGAGCAGCCAUGCAGCUCUGCUCUGUCCAGGGGACUCCAGCGCACUCUAAGUGUGGAGGAUGUCGGAAGUCCCAGUGCGGUUCGCUCAGUGGGGAGAGUAGCUCAGGCCUUCCCUGAUGGUACGUUACUGCUAGAGCUGUCCCGGCCUCCUGACGGACCUUUUGGUUUCCUCAUCUCACGUGGGAAAGGAAGGCCAGACUCAGGUGUGUAUGUGGAGGAGAUGGGCGACAGCAGUACUCAGAAGCUGUACGCGGGCCUGCUGGGAGUGGGUGAUGAGAUCCUGGAGGUGAAUGGAGAGAAAGUGGCAGGGCUGAGUUUGGAGCUGGUCACUCGGCUGAUGACGCAGAACAGCAUAGCCUCCAUCCGCGUGCUCCGCCACCGACGACCACAUCGCUAACUGCCGGCUACCAAACCCAGGGGAAAAGUGUUUCUGAGACUAGACUCUGCUGGUUCUAACGUUAACUGGCAGAUUACACUGACGCUCGGCCUCCGCCGGUACACAGCGCACCCAAAAGUAGACUGAGCUGAGCUUGUUGUUGCUGAUGUAAAGCUUGACUGAACUGAACAGCUAGGCUGUAGCUUCUGUUCUGUUAUCAGGAGAUAUAUAAAAAAAAAAACAAGACAUGCUCUCUAUCAUAGCCAAGGUGCUCCUCUGUUCUGGCUGAGAGUGAAGAAAUGCACUAAGCUUCUGCCUCCAGUAAUUCUGAAAAAAAGGCCCUGGGACUGUAAUUCCAUUUCUUUGUGCUUUUCUCAAGCGUCUAACUUUCUGUAGUUUAGGUUCUUCUAUUCUUUCUACGAAGAACAAACUAAAAAGUGAUGCUUUGAGUUUACUUCAUUCCAAAGUCUGCACCAAAUCCAUGUCAAUAAAAUAUACAUCAACACAGAUUCUGCCAAAAAUAAAAAAAACUUUGUGUUUGUGUAUUUUAUUAACAAGGAUGUACAGUUCUACCAGGAAGACUCUAGAAGCAAGUGUGCAAUAAUACCAUGUUUAAUUUAAAUAGAAUUAAUCGAUGUGAUAGAUAACAGUUAAUGUAAUGUUAAAGGCCUGGCAAUGUGGCUGGCUAUGGCAUAACAUCAGUGUCUUUAAGGAAAGUAAGUUCCUUAUCUGGCAGCAGCAUGUGUAUAAGCACAGUGGUAUGAAAAAGUUUGGGCACCCCUGAUAAUUAUUUUUAUGGUUUUCCUUUAUAAUUCAUUGGUUGUUCAGAUCAGCAAUUUCAUUUAAAUAUAUCAUAUUGCAAAUGAACACAGUGAUAUUUGAGAAGUGAAAUGAAGUUUAUAUAGGAUUUACAGAAAGUGUGCGAUAAUUCUAUAAACAAAGUUAAGCAAGUGCAUAAUUUUGGGCAUCCCAACAGAAAAAAAUAUAUAAAUUUUUCAAUAUUUAGUAGAUCCUCGUUUUGCAGAAAUACUGUAACAGCCUCUAAAUGCUUCUUAUAGCUUCCAAUGAGAGUCUGGCUUCUGGUUGAAGGUAUUUUGAACAAUUCUUCUUUUCAAAACAUCUCCAGUUCAGUCAGGUUUGAUGGUUUCUGAGCAUGAACAGCCCGCUUUAAAUCACACCACAGAUUUUUAAUAAUAUUCAGUUCGGUAGCCUGAGAUGAUCAUUUCAGAACGUUGUACUUGUUUAUCUGUAUAAAUCCUUUGCUAUUUUUAGCAGUGUUUAGCGUCAUUGUCUUGUUGAAGUAUUCAUCCCCGGCACAACUUUAACUUUGUCACUGAUACUUAAACAUUGUUCUCAAGAAUCUGCUGAUAUUGACUGGAAUUCAUGCAUCCCUCAACUUUAACAAGAUUCUCAGUACCUGGACUGAACACACAGCCCCACAUCAUGAUGGAACCACCACCAAAUUUCCAAAUUUUACUGUAGGAGCAAGUGUUUGCCUUGGAAUGCUGUUUUUUCUCCCUCCAUGCAUACCACCUUCUAAAUAACUCAUAAUAACUAUAGUUUCAUCAGUCCACAGAAUCUUAUUCCAAAAUGAAGCUGGCUUGUCUAAAUGUGCUUUAGAUUUAGCAUACCUCAAGCGACUCUGUUUGUGGCGUGUGCUCAGAAAAGGCUUCUUCUGCAUUACUCUUCCAUACGGCCUCUCCUUGUGCAAAGUGCGCAGAAUAGUUGAACGAUGCACAGUGACAUCUUCUGCAGCAAGAUGAUGAUGUAGAUCUUUGAAGCUAGUCUGUUGACUAUGGUUGACUAUGAUUGUUGACUCAGCAUCCUUUUCCUCUGCUUAUCUGAGAUUUUUCUUGGCCUGACACAUCAGGUCUUAACUAAAACUGUGCCUGUGGUCUUCCAUUUCCUCACUAUGUUCCUCACAGUGGAAACUGACAGCUGAAAUCUCUGAGAUUUGAGCUUUUUGCAUCCUUCCUCUAAAGCCAUGAUGUUAAACAAUCUUUGUUUUUAGGUCAUUUGAGAGUUUUGUUUUGAGGCUCCCAUGUGUCCACUCUUCAGAGAAGAUGCAAAGAGGAGAAAAACUUGCAAUUGGCCACAUUAACCCUUUCUCAUAAUUGGAUACACCUGUGUAUCAAGGUCAAGGUCAAUGAGCUUACCAAACAAAUUUUGUGUUCCAAUAAUUAGUGCUAAAGGUAUUAAAAGUAAUGAAAUGACAAGGGUGCUCAAAUUUGUGCACCUGGCUAAUUUAGUUUAAAGAAUUAUUGCACACUUUCUGUAAAUCCUAUGAACUUCAUUUCACUUCUCAAAUAUCACUGUGUUCGUCUACUAUAAUAAAUAUAUUUAACUGAAAUUGCUGAUCUGAACCACCAAUGAUUUAUAAAGGAAAAUCUUGAAAAUUAUUAGGUGUGCCCAAACGUUUUCAUACCACUGUAUUUUGUACACAUUUAAAUAAAGUAAACUGAAUGCAGAUCUUUAAUCUAACCAACAUAAUACAACAACCUCCUUCUCUUGGCUAAAAAAUGCCAGCUUUACAACCCCAAUUAAGACGUACUGAGAUGGCAUCAUGCUGUACAUUAUGUUUACUAACAGGAAUCAUGAUAAAAACACCUCAUGCUAACUUUAGAGGGUGUUUUUUUGUUGUUUGCAUUUCUGCUUUAUUGCAGCCGCAAAGAAGCUCCUGCCAGCUGCAGUGAUUCCUGAGGGUGAGGGGUUUAACCCCUUCUUUUCUCCCUCUGCCGUCAAACCCGGUACUCAAGAAAGUGUGUAUUUAAACCCAAAAGCUGAGUGUUAAAUCCAGUUUAUAACCUUCAGCACUGCAAAACUAUUACACGUGUUCUGAAUGCAAUAUGACGAUAGGUACAGUAGCUGAAGUCAGACUAUAAUAAACACCAACUGUUGCAGAGUAAAUUAUUUAGAUGUUUUUCUCUGAGCAGAUUCUCAUCCAGUACCUCUGCAUAUCUGUAAUAUCCAGAACGCUGCUGCAUUAGUAUUAUGGUAUAUAAUAUGUACCAUGAAAGAAUGGUAAGAGAACUUUCAGCAUGAUUUGCUGCUUUUAUUUAUACCUACAAAAUAAAUAUACAUACACAAUAAAAUAACUGGCUGUAUAUGGAUGCU